AUGAAAUUCGGAAAGAGCCUGAACAACCAGAUCGAGAAAACACUACCCCAAUGGCGCGACAAGUUCCUAUCGUAUAAGGAAUUGAAGAAGAAAUUGAAACUUGUCGAGCCCAAACACACCGAGCAACGCUCCACCAAACGCCCAAGGCUCGAUGCAGACAUGUCCAAGGAGGAAACAGACUUCAGGAACUCACUCGAAGAAGAACUCCACAAAUUCAACACCUUCUUUGAGGAGAAAGAGGAAGAGUGCAUCAUCAAAUUGAAGGAGCUACAAGAUAGGGUGGGCAAAGUAAAAGAUUCUAAUGAGCAAUUAAUGGAAAUUCGCAAGGAGAUUGUUGAUUUCCAUGGAGAGAUGGUCUUGCUCGAAAACUAUAGUGCUCUGAACUACACAGGACUAGUGAAAAUACUAAAGAAGUAUGACAAGAGAACUGGUGCUCUCAUUCGCUUGCGUUUCAUUCAGAAGGUCUUGCAACAGCCUUUCUUCACCACUGAUCUGCUCUACAAACUUGUGAAGGAGUGUGAAACAAUGCUGGACCACCUUUUCCCGGUGAAUGAUCCUUCUAUUUGUGGGGAGGCAACAACUCCCCAAGCUGAGGGGUGUGAUGCUUCAACUGCAAGCAGCAGUAAGAGUGAUGAUCUGCUGAUGCCAAAGGAUUUAGCAGCCAACCAGCACCACCACAUUGAGAGCCUCUAUAUGAAGAGUACCAUCACAGCUUUACAUGUUUUGCAGGAAAUUAGAAAGGGAAGUUCAACGAUAAGCAUGUUUUCAUUGCCACCGUUGCAGAUGAGUGGCUUGGAAGAAACAUGA